CUCUUGGACUUGGACAGACCUAAUCUGUGAGGAGAAUUCAAGUUCCUUCACUCUGAAUGCUAGCCGCAGCGCGCUGGGAAUGGCCCCGCUGCCCCAGGCCGAGCUGGUGCGGAGCUCGGUGCAGCUGUACCGGUACCUCCUGCGCUGCUGCCGGCUGCUGCCCGCGGACAGCCUGCGGCAGCACUACCGACACGCCAUCCGCCAGAGUUUCAAAGUUCAUGCUGAUGAAGAUGACCCUGAGCGAAUCCAGCAGAUCAUCAGGAGAGCCAUUGAAGAUGCUGACUGGGUGAUGAAUAAAUAUAAAAAUCAGAAGUAGAAGAGGAAGGAUGAAGAGAAGAAGGACAUGGGUAAACAUCCUUAGAGGACUUGCAGUCAAGCCCAGUACUCUGCUAGAAUUAUUGCCUGGAGUCUUCUCUUAGAUAAUACAAAUACAAUAAGUUAUAUCUCA